AUGUCCUAUGCACCAUUACGAUUAAAAUAUAUUAUUGGUACUCGAGAAAGUCAAUUGGCAUUGAUUCAAACUGAAAGUGUAAUAGCUCAACUUCGUACAUUUUAUCCACAUAUAGAAUAUGAAAUAAUUAAAAUCAAAACAGCUGGUGAUAAAAAUCUAUUAACCCCAUUAGCUAAUAUUGGUGAUAAAGGUUUAUUUACCAAAGAACUUGAAAUUGAACUUGAAAAACAAACAAUUGAUUUUGUUGUUCAUUCACUUAAAGAUGUUCCAUCAACAACAUUACCACCAAAUAUGAUCAUUGGAGCUAUUCUUGAACGAGCUGAUCCACGUGAUGCUGUUAUAAUAGCAACUCGACGUCAAGAAAAAUCUUUAAAUGAAUUACCAGCUGGUAGUGUUAUUGGAACAAGUUCAACACGUCGUAUUGCACAAUUAAAAUUAAAAUAUCCACAUUUUACAUAUAAAAAUAUUCGCGGAAAUAUGAAUACACGUUGGGAAAAAUUAAAUAAUGAAGAACUUGGUUAUGAUGCAAUGAUUGCAGCUGUUGCUGGUUUUCAACGUUUACAAUGGACACAUCGUAUAAGUGAAAUAAUUGAACCCGAUAAAGUUCUUUAUGCUAUUGGACAAGGUGCACUUGGAAUUGAAUGUCGACAUAAUGAUAUUGAUACAAUACGAAUGUUAUCCGUACUCAAUCAUGAACCAUCACUUAUACGUUGUGUAGCUGAACGAGCCUUUUUAAAAAGAAUUGAAGGUGGUUGUAGUAUUCCUAAUGCUGUACGUACAGAAUAUAAUGGAAAAAGUUUAAUUAUUAAUGGUAUUUUACUUAAUCUUGAUGGUUCACGUUAUGUUAAAGAUGAUAUGGAAAAUCCUGAUUUAACUAUAUCAAUGACAACACCAAUGCCAAAUUUUUUUGUUUCACAAACCGAUGAUGAUCUUUUAACCCCAGAUGAUGAAAUACAAACAGUUAGAAAAAAUUUAAAACGAAAACGUACAGAUUCAAAUACAGAUGAUGAUGAUGAUGAUAAUAAUACUAUCCUUCUUCCUCCAUCUGUUAAAAUUUCCUCGACAGAAAUUUCAAAUACACCUUUACUUCGUCAUUAUGCACAUGUAUGUGGUGUUAAUAUAAAUGAAACAAUAUUAGAAAAUGCCGAAUUAUGUGGUACAAAUUUAGCUGUUAAAUUAAUGCAAAUGGGUGCUGAUAGUAUAUUAGAAGAAAUUCAUCAAAAAGUGGUGAACAUUCCUACUUAA